UGGAUCAAAGAGAAGUUGGCGUGGUCACUCAAGGCUCUUCAGAAGCGCUACGUGAUGACCGAUGCCGUGGUAACCAGCGAGGAUGGUGAUGCCAACCUGCUGUGCUGCGCCCUGGAGGCUGUCUUUGUCCACGGCAUCAAGAGCAAAUAUGUCCGCUCCAAGUCCAGAGGAUGUGACAGGAAAGGGGGGUCCCGGGGAUCCCUACCCCAACCUGUGUUCUGGAGCCUUCUCAAGACGGUCACUCACGGGUGGGUGGAAGCCUGAAGCUGUACACUAAAAAUUACACUUCCCCUACAGAUAGGCCUACAGACCCCUCUAGGGCAGUGUCUCCACCCUCAAUCACUUUAGUGUGCUAGAGAUGGCAUUUGAGUAUGAAAGUAUUUAUGUCGGUGAAUCAGUCUGUCUGUGACAGUUGCUGUAAGCAUGACAAGUUGAAGUUCAAAUAAUGGGACAUUUAUAUCCUCUAUUAUGUUGCAAUAAGUGUGUAUAACAAAUCAAAUGUAUUUACACAGGGUGCCAGCGCGUCCUUAAAAAGUCAUAAAUUAAUUGAUCUGAUUUAAAGGCCUUGAUGAGUCUUAACUAAAUUUAAGAAAUGUUUUCAAAGGUCUUAAAAAAUGUGACGGACAUGACUACAGUUUUUCCGUUAUAUUGUACCGCUGCUUAAUUGUUACCAUCAUGGGGGAAAAAAUGAAAAAGAUCAAAUAAUACUCGAGGCGCACUUGCAAGAUGUUAGAGAGGGCCGGCGUUAUGGGUCCCGCCCUACCGUACCUCCUUGCCCGUCCAAAUCAAAUAUAAAAAUAUUGUUAAUUUGACCAAGACGGGCUCUGACGACAGAAAGACGCAUCAAUCUCAGAUAAAGCAUCUGAGCGAGCAAAACAGCGCCCCUCUAUCACUAUGUGUAGACCAGGGUUCUUCAAUUCCGGUCCUGGAGGGCCGAAACACCUCUGUUUUUCAUCCUCUCCUUCUAAUCAGGGGCUAAUUCAGACCUGGGACACCAGGUGAGUGCAAUUAACUACCAGGUAGAAAUAAAAAACAGAAGUGUUUCGGCCCUCCAGGACCGGAAUUGAAGAACCCUGGUGUAGACCAUGUAUCUGAUGCUGUCUGGACUAGAGGUCUUCACGUUCUAAAAUGGACCUGGGGCUUUCCCACCCGGACCCGAUAUGCAUAAAUAAAAUUUUUGAAUACAGAGACCCGGAGCCGAGGACAACUAGAUCUGUUCCGUAUAGACCUGGUCCAGAUCCGGUCCAAUUCGAUCUUUAAUUGAGGGAAGCAACAGAAAAUAUAUUUUUAAAGCCACUUUAUUAAUCGUAGCUGAUAAAGCACAAGGGAGAGAGAGGUGCCGCUCUAAGAGGUGGGGAAGGGGCCCUCUACUGUGAGCGAGUGACACUGGGAGGAGGGAGGGAGAGACGGCAACCAACCAAGCCAAAUCGCACUAUAGUAGACUUAUAGCUGCCAUAGCUAGGUUAUCUAUCGGUCAGUGCUAUCUUGGGUCCUUGGGACGUCUCUACCCUAAACCCUAACCAUAAGCCUUACCUAACCUUAACCCUUACCUUAACCAUUUUACAUUUCUACUUCAAUGGGAUAGGGAUGUCCCCAGAAUCCCAGAUAGCACAAACCGUUAUUUAUCAUCCAAUAUGAUUACGUAGUACCUGUCUUGACUGCAUUAAACCGGGAGAAGCUGUUUAAGAUAGCUAACUAGCUAGGCUAAUUGAGUCUGCAUGCGCUUUCUCGUCCUACAGUUACAAAUAACAACUCCAUUCAGAAUAUUAAGAAUAGUAGCCUACUUGUUGGCUCUUGGUCAUUGUAGCCUAUCCUUCUCCUUUAAACUUUUAAUUCCGUAAUCUCCUAACUUUUGCUCUAUGACUGUGGCCUAUUGCCGCUUUAAAGACUUCUAGUUGGCCAACAAUAACAAGCUACACGCGCCACACACCACUCUCGUGAAAAGACCAGCAGCAUACAUUAUACAAUUUAUCUCGCUCUACUGCAUCAGUCGCGUUCUGAUCUGUACGGGUCCUUCCAGACAAGUCAGUUAAAAUUACACAUACCCGAGACCCACGACAAUCAUAUCAGAUCCGACCCAGACCCGUGACAUUAUUUAGAAUUCUGAAUCCGGGCCCGAUUGGGUAUCAGGUAUUCGGUUACAGGUGGAUCCGUGAAGACCUCUAGUCUGGACAAAAAGUGUAUGGCAUGUCAUACUCUUUUUGUCCAGACAGCAUCAGAUACAUGGGCUACAUAUAGUAAGACAGAGGGGCGCUGUUUCGCUCGCUCGGAUGCUUUUUCCGGUGAGAUAGUUUCAGCAGAGGGGAAGAGGCGAAGCGAGAGGGCUCAAUCUCGCCAAAAUCUGUCAAGAAUAAGCCCAAUGCGUUUCUAUGGGCUUAAUAUGCAGACCUAAACUUGUCGCCUGCCUUCCCGCCUUUGGGACAACGACUCUCAUUGUUAGGGCGUAGACAUGAGCCUCUCGUCAUUAUAUACAGAUCUCUGGUAACAGCCACUUGCGAAUUGUAAAGAAAAGUUGGCAGGUGCACAGUGCACUGGUCGGAUACUGGCUUCCCCUAAAGUAAAUUGUAUAAUUACUCCUGUCUAAACAAAAUAAUUCAAAAUACUUCACCAGAGAGCAUGAGUUAGCCACAGAGGAUCAUUAGCCAAAAAAAUUAAUAGCUGUGGAUUUUUCCAAAUCCGCAAUUUGGGAAGCGUGUUGCAAUAAGCCUAGCUGAUUAUUGAGUUGUGGCUGUCAGUGAAAACAUCUAAAAUAUGUGUUAAGAUAAUGUAUCUUGAGUAUAAUAUUUGAAAAUGUUGAGACAAAAAGAAGGGGAGGGUUGUGUGGCUAAGAUAUGGCGCGUCUCUCCAGAAUACAUACACUCAGCUCUCCAGAAUGCACUCAGUUGGUCUCCCGCCAAUUCUUGCACAUUUAAUUGUUUCAUUGUGUGAAUUGUUUGCCCUUUGAUUGUUUAUUUUAAUAAACUCCCCAUUAAGUAUGUCACAAGUAGGCCUAGUAAAUGUACCGUUGAUCCCUGUCAUUUGGUUACAUUGUUUUCUGUUAAUGCAUGUAUUAAUUUGUAAUUUACUGUUCUCAUUCUCGGAGUGGAAACGUUGUUUGCAGAGUUCACAACCUGCUACACUUGUGUGAAACAAGUUUUGGUUUAUUUCAUAACCAUCAUUUACGAGUUUGAAAAUAGCAAAAUAACAUGAUCUGAUGAUCCCAUAUAUCCAGUGGAAACGUCAUAAAAUACCUGAAUAUUUUUCCCAUGCACAAAAACAUCUAUUUGUCCCGAGCUCACUUUCGCGGAAAACUCUGAGGUCCCGGAAUAGGCAAGUUGAUACAGUGUAGAAUGUUUGCUAGCGACAGCUUCGGGGCCGGACCCAGUUGAUUGAUUUGAUACAAUGUUGCACUUCACUAGCAAUAGCUAAAGUCGAGACAGAUAGAAAGGGAGGCAGACAGGCGGAGUAUGCGAUUGAAAGAACCUGAACUUUCAUCAGGAUAUUUUCUACUGUUUUUAUUUGUCAGCUUUAGGCCUAUGUAUUUUACUUAGUUGAUGAUGGAAGUUAUAGGCCUACUUCUGCAUUGGCCUAUAUGAUAUCUUUGAGUUCCAUGCGCUAAUUUCUUUAGCCACCAAUGGAUCACGGUGUAUCAAUGUGUCCGUAUGGCAGAGGCUGGUGCUCUCUCAUUAGUUGAAUUUGAAAGAUUUUUAUCAUUUUCAUUCAGAUUUUUAUGAUUAACCAUGUGACAAUGAUUUUGAGAAAAUAAAACGUUAUUAUUUAAAUGCAACUGUUCCACUAAAAUGCCCAUAUGAAAAUCCUAACUGUCACACAGAUCGGUAGAAAUGGUAGGAUAAAUUAGAAACUUUCCCAAACUUAAAAUUCACGCGCCACCUUUGGUCUUUAAUAUAACACCCAUUAAAAAAAUGCUUUAUACACAUAGGAGGUCCCGUGAAAGAACUGAUUGGACAGGCCGUUGCCAGGGGAGAGCGCACGGUAGCAUAUACAAUUUGAUAGACAACAACACUUACUAGAGCUGGAACAAAAAACCGAACAUUUACGACCCCUAACAUUGCCCUCCUCUUACCGAAGCAAUUUUGCUUACGUCAGUGAUUAGGCUACACAACGUCCUGUACAUUUUUGUUCUAAAACUAUUAUUUGGUCAAUAGUAAUGUUCAUUAACCUGCUUCCUGCAAUGAAAGUACAGUGCCUUCAGAAACUAUUCAACCCCUUGACUUUUUCCACAUUGUGUUGGGUUACAGCCUGAAUUUUAAAUGGAUUACGUUUAGAUUUUUUGGGUCACUGGCCUACACACAAUAACCCAAAAUGUUACAGUGGAAUUAUGUUUUUAGAAAGUUUUACAAAUUAAUUGUCUUGAGUCAAAUUAAUUGUCUUGAGUCAAUAAGUAUUCAACUCCUUUGUAAUGGCAAGACUAAUUUCAGGAGUAAAAAUGUGCUUAACAAGUCACUUAAUAUGUUGCAUGGACUAACUCUGUGUGCAAUAAUAGUGUUUACCAUUUUUUUUGUUAGGAAUACCUCAUCUCUGUAUCCCACACAUACAAUUAUCUCUAAGGCCACUUAGUCGAGCAGUGAAUAUCAAACACAGAUUCAACCACAAAGGCCAGGGAAGUUUUCCAAUGCCUCGCAAAGAAGGGCACCUAUUGGUAGAUGGGUAAAAAUGAAAAAAACAGACAUUGAAUAUCCCUUUGAGCAUGGUGAAGUUAUUAAUUACCCUUUGGAUGGUGUAUCAAUACACCCAGUCACUACAAAGAUACAGGCGUCCUUCCUAAUUCAGUUGCCGGAGAGGAAGGAAACCACUCCCGGAUUUCACCAUGAGGCCAAUGGUGACUUUAAAACAGUUACAAAGUUGAAUCGCUGUGUUAGGAGAACUCAGGAUGGAUCAGCAACAUUGUAUACUAAACAAAAAUAUAAACGCAACAAUUAACGAUUUUACUGAGUUACAAUUCAUAUAAGGAAAUCAGUCAACUUAAAUAAAUACAUUAGGCCCUAAUCUAUAGAUUUCACAUGAUUGGGCAGGGGCGCAGCCAUGGGUUGGCCUAGGAGGGCAUAGGCCCACCCACUUGGGAGCCAGGCCCACCCACUGGGGAGCCAGGCCCAGCUAAUUAGAAUUAGUUUUUCCCCACAAAAGGGCUUUAUUACAGACAGAAAUACUCCUCAGUUUCAUCAGCUUUCCAGGUGGCUGGUCUCAGAUGAUCCUGCAGGUGAAUAAGCGGAGGUCCUGGGCUGGUGUGGUUACACGUGGUCUGCGGUUGUGAGGCCAGUUGGACAUACUGCCAAAUUCUCUAAAAUGACAAUGGCUUAUGGUAGAGAAAUGAACAUUACAUUAUCUGACAACAGCUCUGGUGGACGUUCCUGCAGUCAGCAUGCCAAUUGCACGCUCCCUCAAAACUUGAGACAUCUGUGGCAUUGUGUUGUGUGACACAACUGCACAUUUUAGAUUGGCCUUUUAUUUUCCCCAGCCCCUGUGUAAUGAUCAUGCUGUUUAAUCAGCUUCUUGAUAUGCCACACCUGUCAGAUGGAUGGAUUAUCUUGGCAAAGGAGAAAUGCUCACUAAUGGGGAUGUAAACAAAUUUGCGCACAAAAUUUGAGAGAAAUACACUUUUUGUGCACAUGGAACAUUUCUGGGAUCUUUCAUUUCAGCUCAUGAAACAUGUGACCAACAUUUUACAUGUUGCAUUCAUAUUUUUGUUCAGUAUAGUUACUCCAUAAUAUUAACCUAAAUGACAGAGUGAAAAGGAAGCCAGUACAGAAUAAACAUGCAUCAUGGUGUAAUAAGGCACUAAAGUAAAACAGCAAAGAAUGUGGCAAAGAAAUGAACUUUAUGUCCUGAAUACAAAGUGUUAUGUUUGGGCAAAUCCAACACAACACAUCACUGAGUACCACUCUUCAUAUUCUCAAGCAUGGUGGAGGCUGCAUCAUGUUAUGGGUAUGCUUGUCAUCGGCAAGGACUAGGAGAGUUUUUUUAUGAUAAAAAUAAACGGACUUUGACUUUUUCCACAUUUUGUUAUGUUACAGCCUUAUUCUAAAAUGGAUUAAAUUGUUUUUCCCCCCUCAUCAAUCUACACACAAUACUUCAUAAUGACAAAGCAAAAACUGGUUUUUAGAAAUACUACAUUUACAUAAGUAUUCAGACUCUUUACUAAGUACUUUGUUGAAGCACCUUUGGCAGAUAUUACAGCCUUGAGUCUUCUUGGGUAUGACGCUACAAGCUUGGCACACCUGUAUUUGGGGAGUUUUUACCAUUCUUCUCUGCAGAUCCUCUCAAGCGCUCUCAGGUUGGAUGGGGAGCGUCACUGCACAGCUAUUUCCAGGUCUCUCCAGAGAUGUUCGAUCGGGUUCAAGUCCGGGCUCUGGCUGGGCCACUCAAGGACAUUUAGAGACUUGUCCCGAAGCGACUCCUGCGUUGUCUUGGCUGUGUGCUUAGGAUCAUUGUCCUGUUGGAAGGUGAACCUUCGGCCCAAUCUGAGGUCCUGAGCGCUCUGGAGCAGGUUUUUAUCAAGGCUCUCUCUGUACUUUGCUCCGUUCAUCUUUCCCUCGAUCCUGACUAGUAUCCCAGUCCCUGCCGCUGAAAAACAUCCCCACAGUAUGAUGCUGCCACCACCACCAUGCUUCACCGUAGGGAUGGUGCCACGUUUCCUCCAGAUGUGACGCUUGGCAUUCAGGCCAAAGAGUUCAAUCUUGGUUUCAUCAGACCAGAGAUUCUUGUUUCUCAUGGUCUGAGUCCUUUUUGGUGCCUUUAUGCAAACUCCAAGCGGGCUGUCGUGCCUUUUACUGAGGAGUGGCUUCCGUCUGGCCACUCUACCAUAAAGGCCUGAUUGGUGGAGUGCUUCAGAGAUGGUUGUCCUUCUGGAAGGUUCUCCCAUCACCACAGAGGAACUCUGGAGCUCUGUCAGAGUGACCAUCAGGUUCUUGGUCACCUCCCUGACCAAGGCCCUUCUCCCCCGAUUGCUCAGUUUGGCAGGGCGACUAGUUUUAGGAGGAGUCUUAGUGGUUCCAAACCUUUUUCCAUUUAAGAAUGAUGGAGGCCACUGUGUUCUUGGGGACCUUCAAUGCUGCAGAAAUGUUUUGGUACCCUUCCCCAGAUCUGUGCCUCGACACAAUCCUGUCUCGGAGCUCUACGGACAAUUCCUUCGAUCUUAUGGCUUGGUUUUUGCUCUGACAUGCAAUGUCAACUGUGGGGCCUUAUAUAGACAGGUGUGUGCCUUUCCAAAUCAUGUCCAAUCAAUUGAAUUUACCACAGGUGGACUUAAUCAAGUUGUAGAAACAUCUCAAGGAUGGUCAAUGGAAACAGGCUGCACCUGAGCUCAAUUUUCGAGUCUCAUAGCAAAGGGUCUGAAUACUUAUAUAAAUAAGAUAUUUCCGUUUUAUUUUUAUACAUUUGCAAACAUUUCAAAAAAUCUGUUUUCGCUUAGUCAUUAUGGGGUAUUGUGCGUAGAUUGAUGAGGAUUCUUUUUUAAUUUUAGAAUAAGGCGGUAAUGUAACAAUGUGGAAAAAGUCAACGGGUCUGAAUACUUUCUGAAUGCACUGUGCAUAUAUAUUUAUUUAUAGUCCGGACUCCGACAUUGCUCGUCCUAAUAUUUCUUAAUUCCAUUCUUUUACUCUUAGAUUCCUGUGAAUUGUUAGAUAUUACUGCACUGUUGGAGCUAGGAACACAAGCAUUUCGCUACACCCGCAAUAACAUCUUCUAAAUAUGUGUAUGCGACCAAUAACAUUUUAUUUUAUGGGUAAUCCCAUGCCAGAGGUGGCACCACAGGUCCCAGAGUGGUGUAGCGAGAAAAAAUAAUCUGGGGCCCGUAGUUUUUCCUGAUCUGGUUACCUAACCAGGUAAAACUCCGGGCCUUAUACGGUAUGACAUGAUCUGUUUUAAAAAGGUUUAAUGUGGGCCAUGAUGAGACCUGAGUUUUUCUAAUCAGGUCACAAGGUUUUUUUACUCCUGGCCUUGUGGAGGAUGAAACCCCUGUCGAACUGCAGCAACCUUGUACUUGUUCAUAUUAAUUAUAUUUUAAAGAAGGACUAGGGGUGUUUCCUAUACACAGGCACAGAGAAAGCAACAUGAUUGGACAAUAAACUCAUAGGGCAGAGCUUGCUUUAUGCAGGUUUGCAUCGUGUAGUCCUGCCUUAUGCCUAUGCAACUGUAGGCCUAAUAAAAAAUGAACUCACAGUCCAUGUCAGCUAUUGUAUUUAUUAAUUCAUUCCACUUAAUCAUUUUGGAUCGAAAAAGUCUAGGUAGCCUAGUCAGCCCAAAUUUGAAUAUAAACCAAAUUUGAUCCAAUUAUGUCAGGGCUGCAGAGUCUCUGGCCUCGUUUAAGGCACAGCUAAAGAUGGAGCUGUUCAGAAAAGCUUUCAAGGACCCAUGUUUAAUUCUGUUCUCCUGUCCACCGGAUCUGACCACACCACUAUAUGGCUUUGUUGUUGUCUGCUUACAAUGUUCUGUGUUUUGGAUUGUUUUUAUUAUUACAAAUUUUCUUCAGCACCUUAGGUGUGAGAAAAGCGCUUUACAAAUUCAAUUAUUAUUAUUCACAUUUCCUCACAAACAAAUGGCCUUUCAAUAGCGUACACAACGUUACCAGCGGUAACUUACGGCUUUGUUUACCCUUGCCAGAGGGACAGGGUGCAUAGUAGGCUAGACUAUGCAGCUGCUGCUGUUAGUAGCCUACAGUUGAUCAGGCUGAAAAAUAGUAUCGUUUCAAAUCAAAUCAAAUUUUAUUGGUCACAUGCGCCGAAUACAACAGGUGCAGACAUUACAGUGAAAUGCUUACUUAUACAGCAUGUCAGGUCGCUAAUGUUUAGGUGUAUAGGCUGCUACAUUUAUGUCCAAGUUUUUGCUUGUGUCUGGAGUGAUGUGUUAUCACGCUUGCGAAAUAAAUACCGGAGGAAAGUGGUAUGGAGCCUUGAGCUUUGUGUGUUGUGCACGACCUGCACAACCUGCAGUUUCCGUGACUGAUUGGUCAAGACAUGCAAAGAGCCAGCAGCAGCACUCCGAUGUCAAGGACGGAGAAAUUGUGCGCGAGUUGACAAAUCAUUAGGCAAAUCGGUCCAAAAAAACAGCACCUCUUUUUAACGCUUUCCGUUGAUAUACACUGCUCAAAAAAAUAAAGGGAACACUAAAAUAACACAUCCUAGAUCUGAAUGAAUGAAAUAAUCUUAUUAAAUACUUUUUUCUUUACAUAGUUGAAUGUGCUGACAACAAAAUCACACAAAAAUUAUCAAUGAAAAUCAAAUUUAUCAACCCAUGGAGGUCUGGAUUUGGAGUCACCCUCAAAAUUAAAGUGGAAAACCACACUACAGGAUGAUCCAACUUUGAUGUAAUGUCAAAAAAACAAGUCAAAAUGAGGCUCAGUAGUGUGUGUGGCCUCCACGUGCCUGUAUGACCUCCCUACAACGCCUGGGCAUGCUCCUGAUGAGGUGGCGGAUGGUCUCCUGAGGGAUCUCCUCCCAGACCUGGACUAAAGCAUCCGCCAACUCCUGGACAGUCUGUGGUGCAACGUGGCGUUGGUGGAUGGAGCGAGACAUGAUGUCCCAGAUGUGCUCAAUUGGAUUCAGGUCUGGGAACGGGCGGGCCAGUCCAUAGCAUCAAUGCCUUCCUCUUGCAGGAACUGCUGACACACUCCAGCCACAUGAGGUCUAGCAUUGUCUUGCAUUAGGAGGAACCCAGGGCCAACCGCACCAGCAUAUGGUCUCACAAGGGGUCUGAGGAUCUCAUCUCGGUACCUAAUGGCAGUCAGGCUACCUCUGGCGAGCACAUGGAGGGCUGUGUGGCCCCCCCAAAGAAAUGCCACCCCACACCAUGACUGACCCACCGCCAAACCGGUCAUGCUGGAGGAUGUUGCAGGCAGCAGAACGUUCUCCACGGCGUCUCCAGACUCUGUCACGUCUGUCACAUGUGCUCAGUGUGAACCUGCUUUCAUCUGUGAAGAGCACAGGGCGCCAGUGGCGAAUUUGCCAAUCUUGGUGUUCUCUGGCAAAUGCCAAACGUCCUGCACGGUGUUGGGCUGUAAGCACAACCCCCACCUGUGGACGUCGAGCCCUCAUACCACCCUCAUGGAGUCUGUUUCUGACCGUUUGAGCAGACACAUGCACAUUUGUGGCCUGCUGGAGGUCAUUUUGCAGGGCUCUGGCAGUGCUCCUCCUGCUCCUCCUUGCACAAAGGCGGAGGUAGCGGUCCUGCUGCUGGGUUGUUGCCCUCCUACGGCCUCCUCCACGUCUCCUGAUGUACUGGCCUGUCUCCUAGUAGCGCCUCCAUGCUCUGGACACUACGCUGACAGACACAGCAAACCUUCUUGCCACAGCUCGCAUUGAUGUGCCAUCCUGGAUGAGCUGCACUACCUGAGCCACUUGUGUGGGUUGUAGACUCCGUCUCAUGCUACCACUAAAGUGAAAGCACCGCCAGCAUUCAAAAGUGACCAAAACAUCAGCCAGGAAGCAUAGGAACUGAGAAGUGGUCUGUGGUCACCACCUGCAAAACCACUCCUUUAUUGGGGGUGUCUUGCUAAUUGCCUAUAAUUUCCACCUGUUGUCUAUUCCAUUUGCACAACAGCAUGUGAAAUGUAUUGUCAAUCAGUGUUGCUUCCUAAGUGGACAGUUUGAUUUCACAGAAGUGUGAUUGACUUGGAGUUACAUUGUGUUGUUUAAGUGUUCCCUUUAUUUUUUUGAGCAGUGUAUGUUAUUAGGCUAAACUAUAUAAAGUGGUGUAGCGCUGCCACAUCUAAUUGAAAAGUGCUGUUCAGCCAUCUAUAGCCAACCACUAUGCUACUACAUCCAUUAGGCUACAGGAGAAUGUACAUUGCUAAAAUGGUACACCUUCUUGAUAAUAUGAGCCAUGAAGGCUAUAGCCUGUGGUGAAAGAGCCAGCCCUAAAAAAAAAAAAAAAUUGGGGGGCUCAUUUCUGGAGAGGAAUAUUAGCAGGUGUGGCUUAGGUAGACCUCAAAAUUGGUAUUAAAUUGCAUUCCAAGUGGCAUUAAAAAGGUCUUAAAUUAAAGUUCUUGGACCCUGCAGAUACCCUGUUUACAGUGGUUAAGCAGAAUGACAAUAAUAAAGGUUUAAGAUCAGAUGGUGUAGCUUGCUGUAGAUGUGUAUUGUUGCAAUAUGUGUACUGUAUACUGUACAUGAAACGAUUAUCUGUAAUGACAAAUGAUGUAAUGUCUCCUCCUGGUGCCCCUCAGUGACGUGAUCACGGAGUUGGAGAAGCUGAGCUUCGUGGGUACGGACGUGGGUCGCUGCCGGGCCUGGCUGCGGCUGGCCCUCAACCACGGCCUGAUGGAGUGCUACCUGGCCUCCCUGUUCCGUGAGGGCUCCAAACUGCAGGCCCACUACCAGCCCACCGCCCUGCUCCUGGACCCUGAGGAGCGUGAGGUGCUGCUCAGUUAUAUCCAGGGCCUGGCCUCCCUGAUCUUCAACCUUUCGUACAAGUCGGCCGUGCUCAACGAGUGGACCACCACCCCUCUGGCUCUGGCCGGCCUCUGCCCCGCCACCCAGGCUGACGGUCUCGACCUCCCCGGUCUCACCAAAAGCAAGGAAUCCUGGGAUACGGUGUCGCAGUCAUCCGGCGGGUCAGAUAUGGUCGAAGUGCAGCAAGAGGGGUUAGGGGUGCUGGGGAGGGGGAUUGGGGGUGUCUCAGGGGGUAGGACCCCUCUGAAUUCUUCUAAUUUGAGCCUGGACACCACAGGGUCAUCUCAGCUCUCCUCCAGCCUAAGCUCAGACAGUCUGCUGCAGGGUCACGACCCCAAGAGCCCAGACAAGGAGCCCUGGCCAUGUGACCUGGAGAGCUCCGCCAAACUGGAGAACAAUGGCAAUGCCAAGAGGCCUCUUAAAGAGUAAGUUGUGUGUGUGAGUGUGGGUCAGUGUGCCUGCCCGAAGAAUUGAGGCCCUUUGAAUCACAGCCAUGGUUAAUCUCCAAACCCUUAAGACAUUUAGCAGAUGCUUUUAUCCAAAGCAAAUUGCAGUCAAUGCCUGUAGGCGUACCCACGCAAGAAUGAAAUCCACCGCAACUGUGGUGAUGUAAGCAACAUGCUUCAACUAACAAUGUGUACAGAAAUGUGUUAAGUACUUAGAUAAAGGAACUUUCUAACACGUUGUCCCUCGUUUCAUUUGGUGAUUUCUGUCGACCUCUGACAUCUCCUACUUUCUGUAACUCUGCAGUGUUCUGGCAGACUUCAGGGAGAGUGCCAACUCCAGUCAGGACUCCAUGCGCGAGGAUUCGUACGUUUCCACUCCGGGCGCAGACCACCUCUCAGAGAACACGGCCUUCAGCGGCUCUGAUAGCGAGACCCAGGGGCCAUUCACACCUCUCACUGGCUCUUCUAACCCUGCUUCAGUGGGGUCAGACCAGGAGGAACCUUCCACUGAGACCCAUGUCCCUUCCGAAGUGCACUUUGAUGUCCCCGCCGAAGUGUACUCGCACAAUGAAGUGCCCUCCAGUCACAGUGACUGUGUGGAGAGAACAGCGACAACUCCUCACCUGCCUGUCACAGAGACGCCACGGGAGAAAAAGACCGAAGAUUCUGCUAAGAGCACCUCGGAGCCUUCAGCCCACACGAACCUACCCCGCACUACCAGCGUGCUUAGCAGGAGGGUGUCUACAGACUCAAUCACAGUAAGUUGAAUCUCUUUUUUUCUCUCUGUCUCUCUCUCAUUCUCUUCAUCAGACUCAGUCUGACUCACUCCUCAUAUGUGAUUGACCCGACCUUAAGUUCUUUGAGUUCUCCUUGACCUUUGCAGUCAUAUUGUGCAAAGUUUUGCUAAAUUAUAAAGCAUCUGUGGAUUUAUAUGGUUACAAGCUGAAACAACAAUUAUAUUUCAAGAUUUGCUAAAUUAGCCACCAAUCAUCACUAAGUAAGACCUAUCUUCCCUUUCUCAGCAUUCCCACUCCUGGAUCUCUGAGGAUGACAUCUAUAAGCCACACCUUGAGCAACUGGUUGACCCCGAUGAGUCUUUGCUACGGUCUGGCCCAGCUUGUGUGAACGGAUUGACCUCUCCCCCCCCAGAGCCCGAGACCCCCCAGUCUCCCCCCAGCGUGGUUCACCGCAGGCAGAUAGGUGAGCUCCCAAAAGCAGGGACACCACAACUUCUACCACUUCUUGAACACACCUUCAGUAGCCUCCAACUGCUCUUAAACACUAGUAAAACUAAAUGCAUGCUCUUCAACCGAACGCUGCUUGCACCCGCCCACCCGACUAGAAUCACUACUCUCGACGGGUCUGACCUAGAGUAUGUGGACAACUACAAAUAUCUAGGUGUCUGGUUAGACUGUAAACUCUUCUUCCAGACUCACAUUAAGAAUCUCCAAUCCAAAGUUAAAUCUAGAAUCGGUUUCCUAUUUCGCAACAAAGCCUCCUUCACUCAUGCUGCCAAACAUGCCCUCGUAAAACUGACUAUCCUACCGAUCCUUGACUUCGGCGAUGUCAUUUACAAAAUAGCCUCCAACACUCUACUCAGCAAAUUGGAUGUAGUCUAUCACAGUGCCAUCCGUUUUGUCUCCAAAGCCCCAUAUAAUACCCACCACUGUGACCUGUACGCUCUUGUUGGCUGGUCCUCACUACAUAUUCGUCGCCAAACCCACUGGCUCCAGGCCAUCUAUAAAUCACUGCUAGGCAAAUCCCCACCUUAUCUUAGCUCAUUGGUCACCAUAGCAACACCCACCCGUAGUCUGCGCUCCAGCAAGUAUAUCUCACUGGUCAUCCCCAAAGCCAACACCUCCUUUGGCCGCAAUUCCUUCCAGUUCUCUGCUGCCAAUGACUGGAACAAAUUGCAAAAAUCUCUGAAGCUGGAGACACUUAUCUCCCUCACUAACUUUAAGCAUCAGUUGUCAGAGCACCUUACCGAUCACUGCACCUGUACACAGCCCAUCUGAAAUUAGCCCGCCCAACUACCUCAUCCCUAUAUUGUUAUUUAUUUUGCUCAUUUGUACCCCAGUAUCUCUAUUUGCACAUCAUCUCUUGCACAUCUAUCAUUCCAGUGUUAAUACUAAUUGUAAUUAUUUUGCACUAUAGCCUAUUUAUUGCCUUACCUCCAUAACUUGCUACAUUUGCACACACUGUAUAUAUAUAUGUAUUUCUGUUGUAUUUUUGACUUUGUUUUGUUUUACCCCAUAUGUAACUCUGUGUUGUUGUUUUUAUCGCACUGCUUUGCUUUAUCUUGGCCAGAUCGCAGUUGUAAAUGAGAACUUGUUCUCAACUGGUUUACCUGGUUAAAUAAAGGUGAAAUAAAAUAAAUAAAAAACACACCUUGUGAUGCAGUCUGUUGUAACCAGUGCUCAACCACAACCAUAAGAGUGGCCUUGGUCCUGAGGUGACAGGAGGAGUUUUCAUCCAUUGUUCUGGUUUUUGUCACACUUCAGUUUAAGAGAAGCAAGAUGAAACAAAGAUUUGUUUGUUCAAUGACAAUGUUUGUGAGUCAUUGGACAGUCCACAACUUCCAUUAAUGUGAAACAAAUAUCAAGGCUCAAGCCCUGUCAGUGAGAACUUUUGAAUGCCUCUAUCAGUAAUGUACAUGAAUUCUGUCUUACCUUCUUGGUAUGUGCUUCCUCAUUUUUGCUUACAACUUCAGAUAACCUAUUUAUAAUUAUCUUGUUGGUACUUCCUCCUUUUGAUACAGUAUGUGUAGCCCUUUACACUCGAACCCAUAUACGGGUUGAAAAUGGCAGAUUUUGACUCUGAUUUCAAUGGCGCCAGAGGAGAUAGCCCGUAAAACGGCAGCUAUCUUUCGCGUGGUUUGUAGCUUAUUUUGUACAUAAUGUUUCUGCCACCGUCUCUUAUUGUUACUCUUCAUUUUUUUAAACUUUCGUUUAUUUAGUAUAUAUUUUCUUAACUCUUAUUUUUCUUAAAACUGCAUUGUUGGUUAAGGGCUUGUAAGUAAGCAUUUCACAUUUCACAACCUGUUGUAUUCGGCGCAUGUGACAAAUCAGAUUUGAUUUGAGAAGCGCCUAAAGUGGAACGCAGUGGCAUGCUAUACACAAUGUCAGAGCUCAGGUUCUCCGCUUCACAGAUCUGCAUGGGUUUUGACUGACAGCCAUUCUGAACUUGAGCAGCGUGAGUGACAAGAAGUUGCCCCCCUCCCUCCUGCUAGUUGGGCAACUUUGGCACAUUUGUUGUUGUCUGAGUGAGGGAAAUGCUGUAAACUAAUAUGAGAACUCGAUGUAUUUUGAAAGAUGAGACGUUGAGGAUUAUAAUAAAUACCGCUUUGAUGUCAUACAAGCAAGGCCAAACACCUGUGAGUUCAAAUGUGCAUUUCACAUUUCUAUAUCAUAAAUCUCAUGUAAUAUACAAUAUCAACGUUUAUAGAAUGAGCCUAUCUUUGUUGGAUUGCUUCUCAGAAUUGCAUUGUGAAAGCCUAACACUGUAAGAUUGUAUUUUAGAAUCAGCUAGUCAUGUUGGCAAUAGAACAAGCUUUCAAAUUGCCCACUUGACCCAGAUGGUUUUUGGACUGCGUAAACAACUACAUAAAUUGUGUUAAGGUGGGUAUGCAGGGCUGUGUUCAAAACAACUACAAGUGUGCUUGCUCUAGUUCUUCCAUGACACAGCUAGAAGAACUCAUAAAAGCAGCUUCUAGUUGAAGACUCUUCUUUGAGUCAUAAAAGUGCAUUGAAAUGACUUUGGAGAGGUGUGCAGCCACUUGGGAACACCAGUUAGACCUCUUACUCAAUCCCUUUUUUUGUCUUAUGUUGCACCUACCCCAAAUGUUCCUAAAAUAUUCUUAUCAUGUUACUGAAUGUAUCCAGGGUAUUUUGAAUGUAUCCGAAGAGUAGAGUAAAUGUAAAAUGCACAAAUCAACAGUGUAAUGUUUGGAUUCAGUCUUGUGUCAGGUGAACUGUUGUGUCCUCACCUUUUAGCCUAAUAAUUUUCCCAUAUUCUCCAAACUGUUCCCUUUUAAUUGCUACUAUGGUAAUGCAUAUGCUGUCCAUAUUUAUUUUGUAAGAAACAUUUCAAUUCAGCCCUAUCCAUAUAGGCCAAUUACCACAAGUUUAAGGGGUUAAACUUCUGUGUUGAAUAUCAUUCUUGCACUGCGUUUUCGUGUUACAAUAAAACCUGUUAUACCGGUUGAGUGUCAUUAGCAAAGUUUUAUCUGGACAGAAAUAAGGCCCACACACUUUAGAGAUCUGUUGUGCAGUUUUUCAAUAGCGUCCUUGACUUCACUCGCUCUUUUAUUCCCUCCCUUUUCUCUUUCACUCUUCCUCUCCAUCCUUCAGGCCUGUCCAACCCUUUCCGUGGGCUGCUGAAGCUGGGCCAUCUGGAGCGGCGGGGCGCAGUGGGCAUGUGGCGCGACUACUACUGCGAGCUCUCGCCCUUCGAGUUCCGCCUCUACCUGAAUGCAGAGGAGCGCACCUGCUGUGACAACUGCUCCCUGCUGCGUUGCGAAGACGCCCGCAUCACCUCGGCCGAGGGCCGCUUCGACCUGGCCUUCCCCGGGAAGAGGCUCUACCUGCGGGCAGCCAACCACGACGAGGCAGAGGACUGGGUGGACCGCAUCGCCGAGGCCGUCAACAAGUGCCGCCCGCUGCACUGCCUUGACAACCAUUCAGAGGUGCUGCAGCCCACUGACAGCAGUGUCAUCCUGGAAGAGCCCCCAAAAUCUUCCCCUUCGUCCCCCUUCGUACCCACCAGUCCCGAGCGAGGGGGUACUGCGGUUGAGCAGCAGGAGCAGCAGCCGCCACUUGAGCUAGACUGGACGCGUCCCACAGACCCUGAGUCAGACGCCAUUAAGGAGGCGGUGCUGUACCUAUCCCAGGAAGCAGAGGCUCGCAACUGGACUCCGCUGGUCUUCUCCCUCUCCUUAGAGACUCUCAAUGGCUUCCGGGUGCAGGAUGGGCGGAAGGUGCUGCAAUGUUCCCACCCCAUCGAGGGGAUACGGGACGUUGUCCCAGACGUUUCUCUGGGGGGACCAGCCUUCUUUAGGGUUGUAACGACCAGGGAUACGCUCAAGCUGAGGGCCAAGAGCCCUGAGGAGGCGCGUGCCUGGAGGGGCCUCAUCAGGGGAGCCCUGGACUCCUUCCUGGAGAGUCAAGAGGACGGGGAGCCUGAUAGCCCCGGGUUAGCCCCUGGGGCAGGGGGGAACAUCCACAGACUGAUGCAGCAUAGACUAAAGGGGGACGGGGUGCUGCUGGCCCAUCUAUGUACAGUGCCCACAGAGAAGGGGCUGGACCUUCAGGGCUUCAAGUGUGCAGGUAGCUCUGAACCUCAUCAACCUAAUAACAGGCAACACUUUUGUUUCUAUUAAGUUGCCCUUACCAUGCCGUUACUGGGAGAGACAGAGUAUGUAUUAACACCAUUCUUCUCUGCAGGUUGUCCAAAGCCGGUGGGGGUCUCCCGGGGAAAAGCCAGACUGUGCGAGUUCUCAGGGAAGUACUACUGCGACUCUUGUCACCAGGGUGACGCCAUCGCCAUACCCUCCCGCAUGGUGCACAACUGGGACCUCACGCCUCGAGAGGUGAGUGUCUCACGGGUCUAUGGACCAUACACACACCUAACAUUUGUGUCAAAGCACAUCCUUGUUAAAGCGUUUUUAUUCUUCAGGGUUCGUAUAGUCAUGAAAAUCCAGUCGCCGUUCCAAUUCAUCCCAAAGGUGUUAGAUGGGGUUGAGGUCAGGGCUCUGUGCAGGCCAGUCAAGUUCUUCCACACUGAUCUUGAGAAACCAUUUCUGUAUGGACCUCGCUUUGUGCACGGGGGCAUUGUCAUGCUGAAACAGGAAAGGGCCUUCCCCAAACUGUUGCCACAAAGUUGGAAGCACAGAAUCGUCUAGAAUGUCAUUGUAUGCUGUAGCGUUAAGAUUUCCCUUCACUGGAACUAAGGGGGCUAGCCCGAAUUGUGAAAAACAGCCCCAGACCAUUGUUCCUCCUCCACCAAACAUUACAGUUGGCACUAUGCAUUGGGGCAGGUAGCGUUCUGGCAUCCGCUAAACCCAGAUUUGUCCGUCGGACUGCCAGAUGGUGAAGUGUGAUUCAUCACUCCAGAGAACGCGUUUCCACUGCUCCGGAGUCCAAUGGCGGCGAGCUUUACACCACUCCAGCCGACGCUUGGCAUUGCGCAUGGUGUUCUUAGGCUUGUGUGCGGCUGCUCUGCCAUGGAAACCCAUUUCAUGAAGCUCCCGACAAACAGUUAUUGUGCUGACUUUGCUACCAGAGGCAGUUUGGAACUCGGUAGUGAGUGUUGCAACCGAGGACAGACAAUUUUUACGCGCUUCAGCACUUGGCGGUCCCGUUCUGUGAGCUUGUGUGAGCCUACCACUUCGCGGCUGAGCCGUUGUUGCUCCUGGACAAUUCCACUUUACAAUAACAGCACUUACCCCCACUAACAAACCACAUUUUAGAAAUGAGCUGCUCAACCGGACCUUGAUAAACUGGCUCUGAUUUGAGCAGGGUUUGAUCAAAAGCCUGCACACCCAGUAGCUCUCCAGACUGAGGGUUGACCACGUGUUUUAUACAGUUGCCUAACAGGGAUUCUACUUUGUGGGGGGUUAAGUGCCUUGCACAACGACAGGAGAUGGUACAUGGGAUCAGAGAGCAGCCUCCCAGUGUCGAUACCACAUUACGCAUACUUUUUUAUACGUACAUAGAGACACCGCCAACUGUUGGUCAUGGACAUUUGGUUAAAACUCAUGGAGAAGUCUUGGAAUUCCAUCUGUCAAAAUGUGUAUGAACUCUGUUCUUAUUUGCACACGUAUCUAUGGAAAAAUAACUUCUUUUUUUUGGUUUAGUAAUUGUUUUGUCUCUUUUUUUAUUUUAUUGUUUUGACAUUGAACUAAACCAGUUCUCCUUUGAUCAAUAUUAUUUGUGCUUGUUGUUGAUCUGCCCUGGUUGUGUACAUGUAGGUCUCCAGACAGGCCCUUAAGCUGCUGUCUCAGAUUGAACAUGAGCCCCUGUUCAACCUUCACCUUUUGAACCCUGACCUGUUGGAGCAUGUUGAGGCCAUGGCCCAGGCACACAGCCUCAGACAGAGGCUGCAGCUUCUAGGAAACUACCUGCUCACCUGCCGCAGUGGGGCAUGCAAGAAUAUUCAGGCCAGGUGUGUGUGAUCCACUUUUGUAUGUGUGUCAUUUUUGUAUUGCAGAACUGGGUCAAAUGCAAGUUUAUCAAAGUGAGCUGGAUCAUAUUGAUCCUGCUUUCUGAGAACUCCGGUCAUCCCAGGUCAUUCUUUUGUUUAUGUGAUCUAGACUCGGGCCAAAAGGCAAUGCAUUGAUUAUUUCCACAUAAGCCUUUAUUGACUUUGUCUAACUAUUGUGUUAUUUUUCUCUAGACUGGGCCUAAGGACAUACCUGUUAGAAUCAAGCCAUCUCUACAGUGUCAUGGACUUACAACAGGUAUCUACUAUAUACAGUCAUUACGUACCUGUUAGUCAUUUCACUUUUAAAUGAAAUAAUACACAUUCUUAACCUGCAAAACUACACCACCAGAAACCAAGUAGAUGUAGUUAAUAAGCUUAAAUUGUCUAUUUUUCCAUGUGUGUGUUUAGAUAGCGGAGGGAACAUAUGAGGCCUACUUUAAUAUGUUGAUCGGGUUUGCCUCCAACCACAUUCAACAAUGUGACCAUUGCACCCAGAAGGGCUACAUCUGCCAGAAUUGUCACGCCAGUGACAUCAUCUUCCCCUUCCAGUUUGACACCACCGCCAGGUAGGGCCCUGUUCCCUUAUCACUUCAAUACAUUGGGAUGUGAUCACUCAGGUGAUCAGCGCCCCCGCUCUUUCUCUCCACACACUCUCUCUCUGUCUCCCACUCAGGUGUAAAGAGUGUAAGGCAAUGUUUCACGCAACCUGCAAGGCCCAGUCGCCCUCCUGUCCACGAUGCCUGCGUCUUCAGCAGUACCUCGAGAGAGAUCUGCAGGAUUAACCGGCUGUCCUGCAGGACUGCUUUGUGUGACCCAGUGGGCUUCCUGUAGCUGCAGAGAC